ACGGAACGGUGCUCAUUUUAGACGGAUAGUCCGUCUAUUUUUAUCCGUCCGAUUAUCCGUCUAUAUAGACGGAUAAUCAGACGGAUAUAAAUAGACGGAUAAUCCGACGGAUUAUCCGUGUCUAGUGUGAAAACGGCCAGUGAUAACAAAUCUCAUAUAAAGCCCAAUAUUAUGCUUGGGCUGCCUUUAGCAGCGUAGCUGUGGGGCCCUGGGUAGGAGAGAAGAGGAACCAACAUGGCGGCUCCGUUGAAGUUCAUUUCUCGUCGAUCUCCAGUUGUUUCAAUGCAUGGAGCGGUGGCCUCUAGUCAACCAUUAGCGACGGAAGUGGGAGUAAGGGUUCUAAAAGCUGGCGGAAAUGCAGCUGAUGCGGCAGUCGCUGUUGCCGCGUGUUUAAACGUGACUGAACCUUGUAGUACAGGAAUAGGCGGGGAUGCUUUCUGUUUGUUCUAUGACGCCGAAAAGAAGAUCGUCAGAGGGAUCAAUGGAAGUGGACGGGCCCCAUCUAGCCUGACACUAGAUCUUCUAAAGAGUAAAGGUGUUGUGAAGCCUGGAGAUAAUCACCUGCCAUACAAUUCUUCUCACUCUGUCACAGUUCCUGGAGCUGCUGCAGCGUGGUGUGAUACAGUGGAACAGUUUGGCAGUGGAAAGUUAUCAAUGAAGGAUAUCCUUCAACCAGCAAUUGACCUGGCAAAACAAGGCUUUCCUGUUCACCCUGUGGCUGCAUAUUUCUGGGGAAAGUGUUGCUUUUGCCUCAAAGAUCCUGCAAACAAACAUGGCUCAGAUAUGCUGUUGAAUGGAGAGCCUCCUAGGGGAGGUGAUGUAAUGGUGAUGCCACAUUUAGCUACAACAUUUGAGGAGCUGUGUUCAAAAGGGAAAGAUGGUUUCUACAAAGGACGUGUAGCUAAGGCUAUAGUUGAUGUUGUUCGAGAACAUGGAGGACUGUUAUCUCUUGAAGACUUAGAACAGCACUGCAGUACUUUUGACCAACCCAUCUGUACUUCUUAUCGGGGGAUCAAUAUUUGGGAAAUGCCACCAAACGGGCAGGGAAUCACUGCACUUCUGGCCUUGAAUAUUCUGGAAGGAUUUGACAUCAAAGGAAUGGCACACAACUCAAGUGAAUACGUUCACACUGUUAUUGAGGCGCUGUCGCUAAGCUUUGCUGACACUCUCUGGUAUAAUGCUGACCCGAGCAAAGUCAAAGUGCCUGUGGGUGAACUUCUGCACAAGGACUAUGCUGCAAAACGUCGAGCUCUGAUCAAACCAAAAAGAGCACUAGGAAGCUAUCAACGAGGAUCACCAUUCAGUGGCAGUGACACUGUUUAUUUCAGUGUGGUUGAUGAUCAGGGCAAUGCGUGUUCUUUCAUCAAUAGUAAUUACACAAAUUUUGGAACAGGUCUUGUUCCUGAGGGAUGUGGAUUCACUCUCCAGAAUCGUGGAGCCAAUUUCUCACUUCGUGCUGAUCACCCAAAUGUCCUAGAGCCAAGGAAGAGACCCUACCACACCAUCAUCCCAGGAAUGGCCACUCGGGGGGAUACUGGAGAGUUAUAUGCUUGUUUUGGUGUCAUGGGAGGCUUCAUGCAACCACAAGGACAUGUUCAGGUACUUCUCAAUAUGAUUGAUUUUGGAAUGGACCCUCAAGAGGCUUUGGAUGUACCUCGAUUUUGUAUCAGUAGUGAGGGACAAGAACUUGGGACCGUUUUCCUAGAAGAAGGCAUCUCAGAAAGCGUUGUAAAAAAGCUUACGGAGCUUGGGCACAGUGUUACGUACCCUGUAUCUGGACAUAGUAGGAGUGUGUUUGGUCGGGGCCAAAUAAUCGCUCGCAAGAGUGCACCCUGCAAAACUGGACCAAAUAGAUCUGUUUACUGGUCUGGAUCAGAUCCUAGAGCAGAUGGAUUAGUUGUUGGAUUUUGACAAAUAGCAGUACUAAAUCUUUACCCGAAUUUAACAAAACGACCUUGCGAUUGUUGUUCAGCUUACAAAUACUGUGACAGACACUUAAACAACAGCAAAAACACGUGAUUACAUGCAUAGAUCUACAGCGGUUAAGUUUUCACUUUCCUAUUUUUUUUGGCUUUGCUUUGCGUUUGGCAUCAGCCCCAAGCAUUUGCUUCGUGUUGACUGAGUUGUGAUUGGUUCAUUGGAUUACCCGUGUCCUUUGUGAUUUACCCGACUGACAACUUUAAGGUUGGUUUUUACGACACUCAGUUUAAAACUGCUCUAAGCGUAACGUAAUUGGAAACUGAUUGGUUCUUAGCUUGUCCUAUUUUUCACUUGAUUGGAGUGCGGACAGCUCAGGUGUCCAACAGAAUAACAGAUAGAUGAAUAUUAUUGAAGACUCCUUUUUAUUGCUCAGACCUUUUAAAAAGGGAUUUUCCAAUUGAAUUUAAAUUAUAAUUUUACUCGUAAUUAUACAAAUCGAGCUGCCGUCACAAGGUCAGCCGAAGUAGUGUAACUACGACAGACAGUUUAAAACAAUUUCAAUCAAUCUCAAGAGAUCAUCAAAUAUAUAUUUUCAAGUAAGUAAUCUUUUAACUUUAUGUACUUACAGUUUUUAUGUAGUCUGUAUUUUGAUUGUUUACUUGUUUAUUAAUUAAUGUACAUUUAUGUUA